AUGUCGACUGCGGAUUAUCCGCAGGCGGACGGGCAAACCAAGCGCGUGAACCGCGUGCUCGUGGACUUGCUGAAAAGCUACGCCCAGUCGUUCGACAACUGGAGCGACUACUUGCCGAUGGCCGAGUUCGCCAUCAACAACGCGGUGCAUACCUCGACCGGGCAUACACCGUUCUUCGUGAACGCCAUGCGGCAUCCACGGCUUCCGAAUACACUCGGGGCGGACCACGCACAGUCGGGGACUGAUGCGACUACAAGUGGCGAGUCUGUGCAGGACACAGACGCGGACAAAAUCAAUGAGCUGGACCCGGGGUUCAGCUCUCAAGCAAUGGACUUUGUCCACGAACGACAAGCAGUCGUUCGCUUUGUACAAGAUGCAAUUGCAGCUUCUGCGGAUAGGCAGAAGCUGAACGCAGAUAAUGUUUGA